AUGAACAGCGGAACAAUCUUUCUUUCGCCUGGCCUGGGUGGCCAAGAAAGAAUAUCAACCCAGAAUACCGUGAGACUGAUCUUCGUCGAAGUCGCAGUCGCACUCUCACAAACCAGCAAGUCAUCUGGCCUCUCCGGUACAACGCUUCUCCAAACCUCAGCUUGGAUACAAUUCUUAGCUACGGAUAUCGUGACCGAUAUGCGAUCAUUAUUUGCCUCAUCGAGAUGCAUUUGGAUCAAGUAUCUGUGGGCAUGUGUUGUGCAUCUCAAAUCUGCUGAACUAUUCAAGCGAGAAGUUGAUCUCACGGCGCCGUUCGCGCAUACUCUCUACUGGCAUGCUCCGAGUGGGUCUUCUAGGCCACAAUCCUGGGCGAUGAUCGAAGCAUAUUCUAAACUCUCGAAAACGAACAUCUGCUCUGGAGUAAUUUAUGUCAACACUGCAGGUAACAUCAAAGGGGGGCAUCUCAAGCUCGAGCAGGUUUUCGUUGUCGCGAAACGUGUGCUCCCAGGUUCAGCUUCGAGAAGGUUGCUUGGGCGCCUCGUCCAUUUUUACCCCGCAAUAUUAUUGUGGAGAAAACGCGCCCAAGAAGGCCCACGGGACUUGCAUUCCCGAUUGGGCUUGCUUAUCUCCCUAGGAGUGAUGUCCAAUUACAUAUUCCAUGAACCUCCGAUUUUCACAAAUUCGAAGCUUACAGCCCGUGUUUUACGUUUGCCAUGCUACUCGCCUCACUUCUGGAUAGAAUGGACUGCAGUUGGAGAUGCUAGUUUGUCACAUCUUGAGUCAAUCUUGGGUUCGAACAGCAUUGUGGUUAUUUCGGCGACUGGAUUUAUGGACGAGCGCUCCGGAUCUCAAUUUGUAGUUAUUCGUUUAAGUCGCGAAAUUACGGCUUCACUAUGCGAACGAAAUUUCAGCAGAGGGUGA